AUGCUAACCACAAAGAACGUAGUAGGAGAGGGAUUAUUUGCAUUAUCAUUGAUGGUUCAUAAAUCAUCCGUAAUACUGCGAGCAUUAACACCGCCGUUUGGAAAGAUGUCGCUGAAAAACAGAGGCUCGAGAUUUACGCAUUCACGCUUAAUUGAAAAUGCAGAAGAAAUUGCGCUUUAUUCUGGUCAUGAAGUUGAAAAGGCUAUUUUAGAUCGCAAUUAUUUUGCAUUGAUCAAACAUGUUAAUAGAAUCUUCCUAAAUAAAGGCGAUCUUGGUUCUCGUGCAGAAGGAUUUAUCACCAACCGCAGAUUAUUGUUAAGCUCUUCAGAUGCUUUCGGACGCAUAAUGUAUUCUUAUAAGGAAAUUACCGAGUUGGCUGGCUACACUGCCCGAAUACCUGAACUUUUGGAUACCUUUGAUGCUGUAAAAGCAGGUCGUUAUGAAAAACAACUUGUUUCUUCAGUUUCAACUGAUGAAAACGCCGCAGUAUUAUCGGGUCGUGAAGAAGUCAUUGAAGAUGCAGCAACUAUUGAAUUCAUUGAUGUGCCUAUAGUAUCCCUAAAGGGGAUGUUUAUUAAAAAAUUGAAUUUCUAUGUGAGACCAAGCAUACACUUUUUGAUUGUUGCACCUAAUGGAUGUGGCAAAAGUAGUUUAUUUAGAAUUUUAGGUUGUCUCUGCCUGUUUACGUGGUACUGUUCAUCGACUAAAUCCAAGAGAUAUUUUUAUAUUCCCCAACGUCCUUACUUAUCACUGGGCACGUUGCGUGACCAAAUUAUUUAUCCACAUACCGUUUCUGAAAUAACAAAGCUAGGAUCCCGCAACUCUAUUCCUGAACCCAGAAAAAACCAAUUUGGUCUUUCAAAGGAGCGCUACCUUCGAAUUAUUUCUGAUCUUGAUGAAAAGAUACAAAUGGAAAGGGCUAAUCUUGCUGAGCUCACCAAUUUUGGAAAAGAUUUUGAUCAUAGUGAAGGGGAUGAUAAUGAAUCUUCAGCCGGUUCAAUCUCCUAUAGUUCUCGAAAAAGAAGAGAUAUGGAUGAAGAGCCUGAUCUUGGGAUAACCCUAAUGAGGGGAAUUUUGAAGAUUUUUGGAGAUUUUUAUUUGAGUGAACUUGUCAAUUACAAUGUUGGGCCUUCAUCAAGAAGGUGUCAUAGGACUAACCCUUCAAUACAAAGGGUAACAUCUCCUCCGCGAAUACCUCCUUCACGAUUACCUUCAUCACCACUAUCGUCCCCACUUAUAUCAGGAUUUUUUUUGGUGAAGAGUAAUCACCCAAGAAAAGGAUUUGUUUAA